CCGGUGUGUUGGAACUAGCCCUUCACUCGCCUGCGCACAGGCGGACUGAAAACACACACUUCUGCGUAAACACUAAACGAUCUUUGUUUCAAAAAGUUUCCGUCAGGCGUCAAUAUUUCUUCAAAACAAGACAUGCCUGCGAAAGAAAAUGUUCUCCUCUUGUCAGAAAACGAAACAAAACUUAUCCGUAAGGAUGUUGACAACCUAGUGCAAAAUAUUAAAGAUAAUUUAAAAUUAAAUUUUGAGGCUGUGUCUUUUGAUAAUGGAGGGGGCAAAUCCCUCCCCCACCUGGACUACACCACUGAUCUGGUACCCAGCUGUAGGAAGGCUCGAAGCUAUAUGAGCGCUAAAAGUUCACGAGCAUCCCCCUAUGCAGUACCCGUGAAAGGAGGAAACUGUGAUUGUGAUGACGGCGGCAGGAAUUGGGCAGCCAGGAAACGAUAUCCUAGUAUGUCGGCGAACGGGAAACAGAAACUUGAAUUAGAGGAUCCGUUGGAGAUGCUACACGAGUUAAUUAGUGAGGGUAACCUACUGAAAGAGGCUGUGAGAAGACUGCAAAUGGGGUUUACUCCCAAGAUGAGAAACUUCUAUGACAGUGAUGAAGACUGUCGUACUCCCCCUGCCAAUACAUACUCCGACCUCUGCCAGGUCGGGUUCAAUUAAACAAGAGAAAUCCAUCCCAGCUCUCCUGGUUAUACACUCCUAGGGGAGGGGAUUACUCUUACUCCGGGUUCUGCUAAACUAGCAGGUUCAACCCGACUCACGUUCCAUCUCCCUUAACUCUACUGUUCGUCAAUCAGCAGUAGUUUAUGUGUCCCAAUGUGUACAGUACCUAACACUAAACCACUCAGUGAAAAAAUCAACGUGCAGAAAAAAAUAUAAAAAAAUUUAAAACAAACCAAAAAUCAUCCAAAAAAAAAAUUCGUUCUGAUUUCCAUGUGUGUGUUCUGUUUCUCCCUCGGACCAUUUUAGCGACGGAACUCUUUCUCCAGCAGACAGCUGUCACGUGAUAUCCCCAGCUGAUCUCUCCGUCCCAAACCUUCUCCAGGUUACCCGCCUUCCCCUAGCUGUGAAACUUCCCGGGGCGGGAAAUCAGGAACUUUCCUACCUCCCGAGUCAUUGAUCCCACAUCAUGCCCUCACCGAGGGGGGGAUAUCUUUCAAUUCAUCCUGUAUCAUUAGGAUUUUGUAAGGUUCGUAUUCUUCUCUCUGUCAACCCGCUGCAGGAUAAUGAAGACUGUUUAACUAUAAUGCAUGAGCGGCUGGGUUGGAUGAGGGUCGGAGUCGAACCUAUCACUCAAAAUAUUGUAUAGCAAACAUUGCUCCGCAUUCGUAGAUGUAAGAUUAUCUUGCUUUUCACAAUUCAAAUAUUAAUAUUUUUUAUUAUUACUAUUAGAACUGAAACUUAGAAAAUUCAUCCAGUUGUCGUGAAGUAGACGUUGAAUGUGUGUCUCAUUGUUUAAUAAUUAAUAAUUUAUCUUCUUUCACUAAAUUAACAUUUAUUAAGAUUCAUUUUUAAUCUGAAUUCAUGUUAAAUGAAAGGCCUCAUUUCCCUCAAUAGGUCGUUUUAAAGCAAUUGAUCUCAUAUUGUUAAUUCAGUUUGUGUGCGCGGGUUCCUCCUGUGCGUAUGGAAUAUUGUAUGUUCGCAGGGGGACCUUGCACCCCCAAAAACCUAGUUCUUUUCUCAGGAAAUAAACAUUAUAAACUUAA